GGAAGACCGUCCGCGGAAUCACUUGUUGGAUUCCAAGUAAUAAUUCUCUAAUUCUUCCUGGAUAUGCAGUCAUGAGUCCGUAUCACAUUUAAUUUCUUGCGAUGAAUUAUCUUUUUCAACGCAAGCCUUGUACAUUUCUUGCUUCAUGUCAUACUAAUUAAAUAAUUUUACACCUUUGCCAUUUGCCUUGUCGAUCGAUCCUUUCAGGAUCUCACAACCAACAAACAUGGCAUAUAUUGAAGCAUCGGCCGCCUGGCAUCCGGCGCUCAGGCCUGAGGAUAGUGCAUCUUCGAAUGCGCCUGUUCCAGAUGACUUGGCACAAGACUCGAACGACUCAAUAGCAGAACCUGCACUUGAACUGAAGGAUUCUCUGGCGACAGACCAAGAGAACCAUCCUUAUAAUACAUCCACAUCUCCAGAAACUGAUGCUUCGGCUGAUGAGCAAUAUACCGCCUCCCCGGCUGUAACGGACUCAGAGGCUCCGCCGCGUGCCGAUCAGCUGUCGAAUAAAGAGGACGCCCAGGAGAACGCCACGCGCGAAGAAGCUACGGGACUUCACCCUGCAUUAUAUCCAGCGAUGACCCGUGAUCCCCAGCCUAUCCAAGCUCCUGAGAACACGCCUACCGCGGACGAGAACGAUGUGAACGGGAUUCAUGAGACAACCGCAACCAACGAGGAUACAGAGGAAUCGUUCCCUGCAGAAUGGAAUAAUACAGAAUCCGUUGAGAGAAACGGCACUGUUUCGUGGUUCAAUGAACAUGAUAGGGGUGAAAAUCUGACUACCAAUGGAUCCGCGAAUGACGAUAAUCAUAACUUUUGGGAAAGCCCUACAAAUGGCGAUACAGGGGAUGACUUUUUUGACCAGCUGAAAACCCAAACUAAGCCAAUCUAUAUCCCACCAGAAGCAGAUUCUAGGUAUGAGGAGGGAGUCCCGCUAUUGGAUGAUUCUGUUGAAUCGCCGGUCCAGCCUUCUGUGGAGGAGAGCAGAAUAGACAAAAUUUUCGAGAGUGAUGGUGACGAUGAAGGUGAAGCCUUCUUCAGUGAGGUCCAACGAACCACGUCAACUGAGGAAGCAGAUCCACCGCUCCAUAUCACGCGCAAGAGCACGACCCAAGUAAUCGGCUCACUUGACGUUACCCCCGAUUCCCCGGCUAGUGAUGCGUCCCCAACCGCUCAAGAAUUUAACAAUAUUCUUGCGGAAGCUGUGUCUGAAAAACAGGUCAAAGAAGAUCUUUCUGAUGACGAUCUGGCCGCAAGGUGGCAAGCAGAACUCGCGGGUGAUCAACCAGGGAAGGAUUCUGAGGAUGAUCUAGCUGCUAUGUGGCAAGCGGCACUUGACGAUGAUGAUGACUUGCUUCUGGACGAUGAGGUGGGCGAGAGCUCUAAUGUAAAUCAGAAGUCCUACACUCAGGAUGUGAACAACACUAUUCGCAACAAUGCCCCAGCCACCCUUAACAGUCCCUUCAGCACUCCGCAAAGUUCCGCACGACUUCCCGCACAGCCUACCACCUAUACACCGCAUCAGCCUUCCACAUCGGACCUACUACAAGGGAUACCGGGUAUUGCUCCCCAGACGACCACCGUUCCAAUACAAGACCAUUUUGCACCUCCACCCCAGCCGCGACCUACGGCAAAGAGGGCGGAGAGCUUCGCGGAACGCUCUAAAGAAGGCUACAAGUCGCCUUAUGAUCUGCCAGAUGACCUUACCCGUCCUCGCAGGCCCGUGGGCGCCCACAAGCCUGUUGUUGCACAACCUGGUAGCAUGCCACCACCCCCUCGGAGCGGCAGUGUUCCAGGACCUCCCAGCGCGUCAGCGGUACCUACUCCGCCGCCGGUGGCACCUCCAGCUGCAACCGUCGCGGCACCUAAGAAUUUCUAUGAAGAACUACCUAUGCCACCACCUAGGCCAAAAUCUCGGCCUGCAAGCUCGGGACGCUAUACGCCUAGUGCUAACAUAGUGACGUCUCCUCCAUCUCAUUCUCAGCUCUCACCACCUCCGGCAAACCCAUACGCUAGAGUCUCCCCUGCAUUGCAAGAUAGUAGCGACGCCAGUACUCAGCCUCAGCUACAACAGCCGGAGCGGUUAGAUCCUUACGCAAGCUUACUGGGUCACAGUGCCCAAGGUGCCCCAGCAGCACCUACCGCAGCGUCGCGAUACUCGCCUCAACCGCCUACUGUACAUUCAGGGACCCUACAUUCUGGGACCAAGCCUCCAUCAGCUCCGAGAUACUCCCCUGCUCCGCCUCAGUCCACUGCCCCUCCACCGCCUCGUACCCGGUACGCUUCUCAGCCACCUAGCAACUCUAGUCAAGGGAAUAUUUUGCCUUUCCAGCCGCGAACUUCAAGUCCGCUAGCUCACCAUGAAAAAGUUUCAUACCAACCUCCACACGAUCUUGCUAUCCGACCAGCUAGCUAUGCUCCCAAUGGCGUACAGCCGCGCGAGAACGAGCAGGAGGCUUGUGACUCUACUGUGGUUCCUGCGGGCACUGUAGAUUCAGCUACAGUGAACACGGUUCCUGAAAACGUAUCGGCAGCUCUUCAACCAAUCUCCCCGCCGAGGAAUCCAUAUGCCCCUUCAGCGUAUAUCAACGAAUUUUCGAAGCGCGUUGCUCCUAUGGCUAACCCUCCAUCUACUUCCGCGCCACCUCCUGGUGGUGGUCACUUCCUUCCUCAUCGCAGGUCACAGACUCAAUCUCCUACCCAACAGGCUUCGGCUCCAGGAUUAUCUGUACCAUCGAUAGAUCCUUUACAACGUCCUGCUUCAGUUCAUGCCCCUACUUCUCCAACCAGGUCGGCCAACCCUUACGCGCCGUCUCAGGCCUCUGUUCAUAACCGUAUCCCCUCUCACCCGCUUGAGUUCAUUCCCCCCACCGACGGUCAGGAAUUGGAUCCCCUUGAGCGAUGGAAGGGGGCCCCAAUUGUCAAAUUCGGAUUUGGUGGCUCCAUCACGUCCUGUUUCCCUAAGCAUGUGCCUCGAUAUACCGUUGGUCAGGCCGCCCCCAAAAUCAAGUCUACCCCAGGAGAAGUGAAAAUACUUUCACUCAGUGAUUAUGUACCUACCACCGAAGGUAUUGUUAAGCACCCGGGCCCUCUCAAGAACAAGUCCAAGAAGAAGGAACUACUUGCCUGGCUUUCUAGUAAGAUCGUGGCUUUCGAAAAUGAGGGAAUCUCAGAAGCAGCUCAAUUACACCCCAACUCUUCUAAACGACAUGACGAGAAAAUAUUGCUUUGGAAGGUCAUUCGAGCGUUAGUUGAACACGAUGGUGUUUUGGAAGGCUCGGGCGAUGUAGAGAAGUCCUUCCGCUGCAUUAUAUUUCCUCACCUACAAAACUCGGAGUCCGAUUCGACCUCCGAGGGCACCCUCCCAGUCUUCAAUUCUCUCCAGCCAUUAAACGCGCCGUCUCAAUCUGAUGCUACUGACUCUCAGUCAAUGGAAAGCAUUCGUAACAGUCUCCUCGUGGGCGACCGAGAAAAAGCAGUAUGGAAUGCGGUGGAUACUCGUCUAUGGGGCCAUGCUAUGAUAAUAGCAUCGACCCUCGAUAGGUCUGUUUGGAAGCAGGUCGUCCAAGAAUUUGUUAGACGUGAAGUCAAAUCCACGACUAGUAACUCGGAACCGCUCGCGGCACUCUAUGAAAUCUUCGCCGGAAAUAUUGAUGAAAGCAUUGACGAGCUUGUGCCCCCAUCGGCAAGAGCGGGGUUCCAAAUGAUCAGUAAGGUUGGUGGGCAAGGGCCAUCUAAGAACGCCCUUGGUGGUCUAGACAGCUGGAGGGAUACGCUGGGACUAGUGCUGAGCAACCGCAGUCCCGAGGACCAUCAAGCACUGUUGGCUCUUGGUCGGCUGCUGUUGUCGUACGGUCGGACGGAAGCCGCCCAUAUCUGCUUUAUAUUCUCUCGAGCCGCAGUGUUUGGGGGUGCGGAUGACCCACAAACAAGCAUAGUGCUUCUUGGGGCCGAUCACCAGCACUUGCCUCCGAACGUGUUGCAGGACAAUGAUGCAAUCUUGCUUACUGAAGCAUAUGAAUACGCAGUCUCAGUCUUGGCGGGCUCUCCCACGUCUACAUUCCCGCAUUUGUUGGCGUUCAAGCUUAUUCACGCUUGCUCUCUAGCAGAGCAUGGGCGCAAAUCGGAAGCUUUGCAGUAUGCCGAUGUCAUUACAGCAGCACUCAAAGCAACCACAAAACCGUCUGGCUAUCACAACCAACACCUACUCUUCGGAGUAGACGAACUCUCGGCGCGCUUAAGGCAAACGACCAGUGACAGUGGGUCUUCUUGGAUAUCUAGACCGAGCAUGGAGAAGGUGUCUGGCUCAAUGUGGGCCAAGUUUAACAGUUUUGUUGCUGGUGAAGAUAGUGAUGCCGCCUCAACAGGUUCUGGGAAAGCUAGAGACGAAGAUAUUGGACCGUUUGCUAAGAUUGCUGGGACUCCAACCGUCAGCCGGUCACCAUCCGUGUCAGACUUUGGACCCUACUCUAUGCCCGCAGCACAGCCGGCUUCAGCUAGUGGUCCUUCACGAUAUCAACCGAGCAAUCAAUACGUCCCCAACUCUUCCCCUGAACAAUAUCGCGGAAGAUCGUCCCUCGAUUCCCAGAGAUCCUCAUCGUUUGGGUUCUCGUAUGGGCAACGACGAGGCUCCCAAGAACCGUCAACACCUAUUGAGAGCAAUGUAUAUCAAGGUGGUCCACUCUAUGGGUCUCCAUCUGCCGUUGGCUAUCAAUCUACUCCCCCUCAAACAUCGUACAUGCCUCUUGCACCUGUUGUGGAGGAUUCGGCCCCGCAGUCAUACCCUGUCGACUCUGCUCCAAUGCAAGGAUCUCCUGUAACCAUUUCGCCCUAUCAACCUCUUACCAAUGAUUCAUUUGGCGAACCUCUGGAUCAAAGCUCGGUGACAGUGCCUGACUCUGGCGCAGCCAGCUACAUCCCUCCCGGUGCCGGCGGUGGCUAUGAACCGCCUUCCGUCGAGAUCAGCACAGUUCCUACAUUGGAUACUACAGAAGAUCCUACUAGUCCAAAUAUCUUGAAAAAGAAGAAAUCAUUCAUGGAUGACGAUGAUGAUGACGAUGACAUAGCAGCCCGUGCAGCUGCUAUUCAGAAGGCGGAAAAGGCACGCAAGGAUCGCGAAGCUGAUGAGGCUUUCAAAAAAGCUGCGGAAGCUGAUGCCAAGCGGCCUCCAGCUGCAGCGAAAAAAUCAUGGUUUGGCGGAUGGUUCGGAGGUGCAAAGAAGGAGAACGACGCCUCUGGGGGGCCUAUCCGUGCCAAACUUGGCGAGGAAAGCUCUUUCUAUUAUGACAAAGAGUUAAAGAAAUGGGUUAACAAGAAAGAUCCCAAUAGCGCUAGUGUAACACGCGGCACUCCGCCGCCACCAAAGGGUCCCGCUCCCCCUAGCAGAAGUGCCAGUGGCAGCAGUGCGCCGCCUGCUGCAGCAAACCUGGGUCUAACGCCUGAUGGCAGACCUUCGUCAUCUGCAGGUGCUCCCCCAUCGCUAUCCACCAGCCCAGCACCACCCUCGCUUGCUGCUCCACCACCUCUGCUAGGCACCGCACCUCGGUCAGUCUCUACCGGUGCAGCUAUGCCCACGCCACCAUUGGGUUUGUCUGGUCCUCCGCCCCGCCCUGCAACAUCGUUGAGCAAUGCCAGCUCAAUAGAUGACCUUCUCGGGGCGCCUGUGGCGCGCAAAGGUGCACCUUCCAAAGGACGGAAGAAGGGCAGAUAUAUCGAUGUGAUGGCGAAGUAAGCUAACCCGCCUACUAGAUGCGGGACCGCUGUUUUUUCUUUUCUUUUCUUUUGUUUGUAUAAUCAUGCCUAACGAUUUUCCUGAUCCCUGGCUCCUUGUUACUCUUUGCACAUCGUGGAGCGUAUCUGGCUUGCGUGUGCUAUAGAAUACUUUCAUAAGUUUGCACAAAUUCUUGCAUAGUGUGUUGCCUCGAUGAGAAACACAUUUUUCCUUUCAGCCCCCUUUGCAUGAACACUGGUUUCCCGUGUACUUUAAUGUUUGCAUAUGCACUACAUGUAGUGCUUAUUGCUUCCCCUUCUGGUUGCUUUGCUUACGCUUCUGUCCAUAUGAAAUUGCUGGUAUUAGCUUUCAGGGAUGUGGAAGCCCCGAAUGAGAGGCUUCUGCUAUUUGGAGUUUUUACGGGACGAACAUCUUUUAUCUGGACAUUCUAAUACUAUACUAUUAUAAUAAA